AUCAUUGCCGCCCUAUACAAAAAAGAAAAGAAAAGAAAAGAAAAGAAGUGUAAGCUAGUUUAAAAUUAGAAUAAAAAUUUAAUAAAUAAACUCGAGCAAAGAGAGAGCGGAGUAGGAAACAAGAAGAAAGGAGAGAAGCUUAUCAGCCAUGGCGGCUGCUGGUGCGGCGCUUCUGUUGCGUCCAUGCGCGUUCUGUACUUCCCGAACCCAUUUGUUCCCUCGCGCCCUCCCGGCUCUCAGACCUCCUUCCUCUUUCUUCUUGCAGCGUCCUUCAUCGCAGGCAAAAAAACUCAAAUCCCCGAUUAUUCGACUUGAUACCUUUUCACCGGACAGAGCCAAAUUGAAGGGUCUCCUGGCUCUUCGGAGAACCUUCAGUACUACACCAUCCGCCCAUGUAAACGAAUCUGGCUCAAUCGACUCCCCGCUUAUGCAAUCCAUGGAGAAUAAGAUAAAGGAACAUCUACAAGCAGAGUCUGUCAUUGUAAAGGAUGCUGAUGCUUAUGGGGAUGGUCGGCAUGUUUGCAUUGAUGUGGUCUCAUCUGCUUUUGAGGGACAAUCAGCUGUUAAUAGGCAGAGAAUGGUUUACAAAGCCAUAUGGGAGGAACUACAGAGCACUGUGCAUGCUGUUGACCAGAUGACCACUAAAACCCCGUCAGAAGCUGCAGCAGAAUCAGUAGACAAGUGAAAGCAUCACUAAAAUCUCAGUAGGAUCACUGAUGAGCUGCUUUUCUUGCCUCACAAAAAAAUUGUACCCUGUUUUGUAUUGCUUUGCAUUUUACACAUGUCCAUGUACUUAUUUGCCUGAUCUUGGCAUAUAUAACCAAGGGGGUAUUCUUUGUUGUUUUUUGUUGCUGUUCAGUGUAUGUUUUCUUGAUUAGUAGCUGUCUUGUCAAUGAACUUAUUUGCCUAAAUGCUUGAGAUUACAUUUGGGAGAGCA